CUUCUUCUUCUCCUUCUUGUUGAGAAUGGCAAAAAUGUCAGACCCACUUGUGAUUAGUCGAGUGGUUGGGGAUGUGGUUGACCACUUCUCCCAAAGUGUUAAGAUGUCUGUGGUUUACAACUCCAACAAGCAUGUCUACAAUGGCCAUGAGCUUUUUCCUUCCUCAGUCACCACUAAACCUAAGGUUGAGGUUCAUGAUGGAGAUUUGAGAUCCUUCUUUACCCUGAUCAUGACAGACCCUGAUGUUCCUGGCCCAAGUGAUCCAUAUCUGAGGGAGCACUUGCACUGGAUAGUGACAGACAUACCAGGAACAACAGAUUCCUCAUUUGGAAGAGAAAUAGUGAGCUAUGAGACACCAAAGCCAAACAUAGGAAUCCACAGGUUUGUGUUUCUGCUUUACAAGCAGAAGAGACGGCAGUCGGUGACGGUGAGCGCCUCGCCGUCCAGGGACCGCUUCAACACCCGCAAAUUUGCCGACGACAACGACUUAGGCUCUCCGGUGGCCGCCGUCUUCUUCAACUGCCAGCGAGAAACGGCGGCCAGAAGGCGUUAAGUUCCGUUGAACAAUAAUUAUGUCUUAAACUACUAAUUAACUAGCUCAACUGUACGUGUGGAUUGUUGGACUUGUCUUAAUUAUUACUAGAAAUAAGGGUAACCCCACCGUGUAUGAAGUACAAUAAUCAGCUUGAGCAUUGUAUACUUGGUGUAUUAUUCAUC